AAUGGACCACGACAAGACAGCAUGCCAAAGCCCACCCCAAGGUCCCAAGCUAUGCAUCAACAACUGCGGUUUCUUUGGAAGUGCUGCCACAAUGAACAUGUGUUCCAAGUGUAACAAGACUAUGUUGUUUCAACAGGAACAUGGAGCUAAGCUUGCAUCUGCAGUGUCUGGAUCACCCAGCAACAUCAUCAAGGAAACGAAAUCCGUCGAGCCAAUGGCUGUCUCAGUACAAGCUGUUGCAGAGGUAGUAGCACCAGAAGAAGCUGCAGCAAAACCAAAGGAAGGGCCAAGCCGAUGUACUACUUGCAAUAAACGGGUUGGUUUGACUGGAUUCAAAUGUUGCUGUGGUGGCCUCUUGUGCGGGACGCACCGCUAUGCAGACGUACACAACUGCUCUUUCGACUACCAUGCUUCUAGGCAAGAAGCUAUAGCUAAAGCAAACCCGGUUGUGAAGGCAGAUAAGCUUGCCAAGAUUUGAAACUCAAAACUCUGUUUCCUUCUUCCUGUAUGUGUCUGGU